AUGGCUAAGUUCAGCAAGGAUAAGAAAAAAUGGAAUACUGAAAACAGCAAGAGCCAAAAGCAAGACGCAUUCAACAAGUUCAAAGAUGACAAUGGAAAUUUCAUGUCAUCCUUGGCAAGUGAUGUGCGAGGAUUGCUAGAACUUUACGAAGCUUCCUAUUUGUGGGUGCAUGGGGAAGAUAUACUAGAUGAAGCAAUUUCUUUCACCACCACUAACCUGGCUUUUGCAGCAUCAACUUUAGACUAUCCUUUAUCAGAACAAGUUGCUCACACCUUAAAGCAGUCAAUCCAUAAAGGCUUGCCAAGGGUAGAAGCUAGGCGAUAUAUUUCCCUAUGCCAAGACAAGGAUUCGCAUAAUAAAGCAUUGUUGGAGUUUGCAAAGAUAGAUUUCAACUUGUUACAACUUUUGCAUAGGAAAGAGCUAAGGGAGAUCUACAAGCAUGUGUAA